CGUACAGUCGGUGCUUCCCACAGUCCUUCAGGGGCAUGUUCCACCCUCUGCUGUACUCCCUGGUCUUCAUGCUGGGGUUGCUAGGGAACGGGCUGGUCAUAGCCGUGCUGCUGCAGGUAAAGCGCUCCUGGAACGUGACGGACACUUUCAUCCUCCACCUGGCGCUGGCCGACUCCCUGAUGGUCGUCACGCUGCCGUUCUGGGCCGGCGAGGCCGUCCACGGCUGGAUCUUCGGAACCGGGCUCUGCAAGCUUGCUGGGUUCACUUUGAAGGUGAACUUCUACUGUGGGAUAUUCUUUCUGUGCUGCAUCAGCUUGGACCGCUACCUGUCCAUCGUCCGUGCGGUCCGGAUGUCCAGCCAGGGGAAGACCAAGUUGGUCCGGGCCAGCUGUGUCACCGUGUGGGCUCUCUCCAUCCUCAUCAGCUUCCCGGACCUCGUCUUCCUGAAGGAAAAGAAGAUCAAAAACGCCUCCUCUUGCUUUGAUGAAUCCACAAUUCCCUGGCAGCUGAUCCUGUCAUUCAGGCUGAUCGUCAGGUUCAUCUUCCCCUCCGCGGUCAUGGUCUUCUGCUACUCCAAGAUCCUGUACAAGCUGAGCCGGUCCCAAGAGCUCCAGAAGAGAAAAGCCAUGAAAGUGAUCCAGGCUCUGGUGGUGGUCUUCUUUGUGUGCUGGAUGCCGUACAACGUGGUCAUCCUGGUGGAUAUUUUCUUGCGCGGAGGGGUCCCAGAAAGCAGGGCUCAUCAGAGAUGCUACCUGUACGUGGCGAGAAUCCUCUCCCUCAAUCUGGGAGCCCUCCACUGCUGCCUGAACCCCUUUCUUUACACUUUUGUUGGAGACAAGUUUCGGAAGAAACUCUUUCAAUUGAUCUGCUCCUGGGUCCAGAGGAAAGCCAGACCAAGCGACAGUCAGGGAAGAUUUCCCCGAACGGCUGACACCUUGGCCAGUGUAAACCCAACCUCAGUUUAACACUGCUCUGUUGCAAUUUGGAUUAAGCAUCUUUACAUGCAAUCAGCUCUGAGAUCUCAUCUCGGAUAAGAUAGCUAGAUGACAUAAGAGGAGACUAGGAUAGCAAGUUUUAUCAAUCGGAAACUCAAAGUUGUGAAGAUUUGUUUAGAUUUAUGAUCGUUUAUUUAACAUCUUGUAAUGAAAGAAACUACAAAAUGAGAAUAGCGAAAAGUCUC